AUGGAUAGGGAUGUGUUCUUCCUUCAGGACUCGUGGACUACGCUGGCGGUAGUGCGCAGCAUCCGAGGGCGCUGCCGCCACAAGCGCAAUCGCGUCGCCCGCUACGUUGUCCACGGUCCCGUGGCGCAACGUGUCUUUCGACUGGGAGGUGGCGGGCCUCGCGCUGAGAUAGCUUCGGCGCUUUUUGUGGGCCUCUAUUGUGAGUCCCACGCCGCGGUGGUGGAGGUGUGGGUAGGGCAGCCAAGCCUCGGUCAACUUUUCUAUGACGGGACCAUGUUCUCCGCUCGCAUAGCUCAGGCGGAACUCGUCCGACAAUACGCAUGCUAUUGCCGUAUAGCUAAGCUACAGACGAUUGGUGGUGGAUGGGCAUCGCUGCGGGAGUCUAGACGUGCUAUGCAAUGUGCGAUCGAACUGUUUAACGUGGCUACCGCCGUCGGCAACGAGGUUAUUGCGAGCAACUGUCGCGUUUUUGUUGGCUGGGCGCUCUUAUGGUCUGGAAAUACUCGGCAGGCCCUCAAACUGUUUAAAGCUGAAAAGCAGUCUGCAUGUAUGCGUAAGGACCUGGAGCAGCAGAGGCGGUGUGAGAACGCUAUUAUCAAUGCCAGGACGAACACUACACUGAGAAGACACGCCCAGUCGCACGUGCACGAUAGGAUGCCACAGCAAUGGGAGCUUGGUGGGUGCACAAGUGGUAACAGUUCAGUAACUUCGGCUUAGGGCACGGAGAUCUUUAUUUAGCUAUAUAUGUGGGAGCAAUGCGCGUGUGGGUUUCCAAAGCACAAAGCAAUCAUAUAUUUUAGCGAAUGCUCAGAGAGCUGCCUGUAUAACUUCAGGGAUCCCACUGUUGCGGAUAAAGGCCAUGGAUACCGCAGAAACUAGUCUACCGAUGUCAACGUAGCCUUGUGCUGCUUUGGGUUAAGUGCUACAUGGUAACGGAAGUCCGAUUUGCUACGAGCAGAUGCAUAUAUACUUGUGCACGUGCACAUGCACA